GUUUUGACGACAGACAAUAUGGAUAUCCUCUUUCCACGGGCCGACGGCAAUGCCACCAGCUGUCAAGGCGAUAUAGGGACGGGACAGUGUUUGCCCUCGGGGAGCUGCCCCGGAAUACAAUACCAGAACAAAUGCCCGACUGGCUCUGGUGAUGAGUGCUGUUUAAAUCGACAUUGCGAUGUCCCUGAAGGAACCGGAUGGUGCAGGGACUCCUCCUGGCAGACCUGCGAUGGCAAUUUCUACGUCGGCACAGGGCCGCCAUGGCCCUGUCCUGGCUCGGACAGUAUCAAAUGCUGUGUCAAAUACGCGAAUAUGAACAACGGAACAUCGAAUGCAACAACCACGACCCCCUCCACCCUAUCUACAGCAACAUCCACCCCGACCACAACCUCAUCUUUGUCUCCUGUCACAUCCCAGAACACAUCCGGAUUGAGUGGGUCACAGAUCGGUGGCAUCGUGGGUGGUGUCGUUGCCGCCUUUCUGAUCGCCGUUGUCAUUCUAGCUGCGGUAUUCUGGAGACGACGAAGACAGGCUCCGGCUGAGUUGAGGGCAGACAGUGAGCAUACAGAGCAGUCGGGAUAUCAACGAGUGGAAGAACCAGAACAGCCAGACCGUACGAGUGAUAUUCCGAUGCUGGCUGGCGUUGAGAAAAAAGAGCUGGAUGGACAGGCUGUGCACAGACCGGAAGUGAGGAUUGAGAAUACAUUUGCCGAGUUGCCUGGAUCGGUACAGCUGGCAGAGUUACCUGCUGGGGCAGUAAAGAGGUGAAAAGGAUUGAUCAAUGCGUUCAAGGAGUUGGAUUCAAUAAAAUAUGGAGCACAGUAAGUAGUAAUAAUAAGUAAUCAUAUGUAAUCAUAUUGUCGUGUUUAUAUACCAACCGGGUACAUCUUUAAUUUGGAAAUCUGAUGGUAGUACAGAGCAAUAUCCAUCAGUCAGAACCACAAUAUCCAUCUAUUUACCAUCACUAACUAUAUAAAGUGUUCA